ACGUGGCAGACAGCACGCACAAACAUCAGUGUUGUUUUUGUUUAUUUUGUAUCACCUCGAUAUUCAUUCAACCUUCACCCGUCACCUUUUCAAAUGUCUAUGUCGCUCUCCCUCGCUUCAUUCAGUCAUUUGUUCAUUAAUCUAUUUACGCUUUAUAAGGACAGGUACUGCCAAGGCAAACCGGCUUGACCUAACUUUGACAACUUUGUCAGUGCGUCUAUACACCCGUCAUUACGACUGUAGGCCACACACAGCAUGGCGGCCUCCACAUAGAGCGUCUGUGUCACAUAGGAUCAGUUUUGUAAUUUUGCCGAAGACGUUUAUAUAAAUCUCGCUCUAAUUCAAACACGAGACCUCCUCCGUCAGCUGCUGGAAUCGUGUGCGUCUCACAUGCUUUCAAACAAGCUUCCCCCCCUGCGGAGUUUCCUGGUACAGGUUUCCAGAGGGGCCAGUCACCUUGCUCGACAGCAGUAUGAUGUCAUUGUUGUGGGUGGGGGCCAUGCAGGGACCGAGGCGGCGGCCGCAGCAGCCAGAGUGGGAGCUGAGACGCUCCUGGUCACACAGAAGAUCCACACCAUCGGCGCUCUGUCCUGUAACCCCUCUCUGGGAGGAGUGGGGAAGGGACAGCUGGUGAAGGAGGUAGAUGCCCUGGAUGGGCUGUGUGGUCGAGCAGGAGACUGGGCUGGGAUCCAUUUCUCCAUCCUGAAUCGUAGAAAAGGCCCUGCCGUGUGGGGCCCGAGGGCCCAGCUGGACCGCCAGCUCUACCGUGAAUUCAUUCAGUCUGAGCUGCUGUCCACUCCGAGGCUGACAGUGUUGGAGGGCUCAGUGGAGGAGCUGCUGGUGACAGAACCAGACCCAGAGGAGCCGGGACACCACAGAGUCACUGGGAUAUGUUUGGCAAAUGGAAGCCAGCCCAUCUCAGCCAGCUCCGUGGUUCUCACUACCGGUACGUUCCUGUCUGGCUCUCUCUUCAUGGGCCAGACAUCGUCGCCAGGGGGCCGGAUUGGAGAAGCGCCGUCGAGUGCUGGGUUGUCCCAUACGUUGAGGGAGAGGCUGGGGCUGAGGAUCGGCAGGCUGAGGACCGGUACCCCUCCCAGGAUUGUGAAGGAUUCAGUUGACCUUUCCCUGGCUGAACUAUUCCCCUCUGACAGUAGACCGACUCCAUUCAGCUUCCUUAAUACACAAACGCGCUGCAAGCCUGAAGACCAGCUUCCCUGCCACCUGACCCAUACGACGCCUGGUGUAGAGAGAGUGGUGAUGGAGAGUCUUCAUCUCAACUGUCACAUACAGGAAGACACCAAGGGUCCCAGGUACUGCCCCUCCAUUGAGUCCAGAGUGCUUCGCUUUCCGGGCCGACAGCACCAGGUGUGGCUGGAGCCCGAGGGGUUGACCUCUGACCUCUUGUACCCUCAGGGUCUAUCCAUGACCAUGCCCCCCAACGAGCAGCUCCGCCUCAUCAGAGAAAUCCCCGCCUUGCACAGAGCGGAGAUCCACACACCCGGCUAUGGUGUGCAGUACGACUUUGUGUGUCCCACUCAGCUGAGUCCUGCCCUCCAGGUGAAAAACACCCAGGGUCUCUUUCUGGCCGGUCAGAUUAACGGAACGACGGGGUACGAGGAGGCUGCUGCACAGGGCCUGUGGGCGGGGGUGAACGCUGCCCGCUGGGCGCUCUCCUUGCCAGCAGUGAUGCUGUCGCGCACGGAGAGUUACAUUGGCGUUCUCAUUGAUGAUCUGGUGAGUCGAGGCGUCACAGAGCCCUACCGCAUGUUCACCAGCCGGGCUGAGUUCAGAACCUCUCUAAGGCCGGACAACGCUGACCUCCGUCUUACUCUGAAAGGGUUUGAGGAGGUGGGAUGUGUAUCCUCUGUACGCUACCGGGAGGCUGUGAGAGUGCGGGACAGUCUGCAGGACGCACUGGAGGCCCUUCAUACGCUCAAUUUGUCGACCCCCACCUGGAGGAAAAAGCUGCCCAACAUCUGCAUCAGUGAGGUUAAGAACAUCAUACUGACUGGUAUGAGAAUGCUGCAGUACAGAGAUGUCUCAUUUGAAAUGUUGGCAUCCAUCUUCCCAGAGUGCCUUUCACCUUACAUGGAGUUCUCACAAAGACUCAAGAUAGAGGCUGUUUACCGGCCACACUGUGACCUACGGAGGAAAGAGAUUGAGAGAAUCCAGAAGGAGGAGAAGAUGUCUCUGCCACAGGACAUAGACUAUUUCACUCUGCCGGUGUCACUUUCUCAGGAAGUCAGAGAGAUUUUAGACAGAGUUCGACCCAGCACUCUGGGUGCUGCUACACGUUUGCAAGGCAUCACUCCAGCUGCAAUCGUCCAUCUCUUCAACUACAUACGCCACAUGGAACAAAAGAGGAGACGAAAACAAUCAGACCAAAAGGAGGAGAGAGGAGAGGAGCUGUGUGCGACAAAUGCGUCUUUACCUCAGUGAACGGAGGCCACAUAAAGGACUUGUAACCAUGUAUUUAUUCCUCCAAAUGCACAAAAGAAUAAAUUAAUGUUUUGUUCAAAUGGAUAACUCUUUAUAUUGUAAAAAAGUAAAAUAAAAUAAAAUCACGUAGUGAAAAUA